AUUAAAAAUAGGAGAAGUAUGGUAUAUGUUACAAAAAAAUAAUUUUUGUUUGCUAUAAUUAAUGUCAUGUUAAAUGACCAUUUUAGUCUAAUUUCUACGCGAGUUGAACUAUCUAGUCGAUUUGGAGAAAAGUUUUAAAAAUAUAUAAUGCAGCCUUUAUCUGAUCAUUUCACCAAUGUCCCAGCUUUUCUCACGAAGUUGUGGAAAAUGGUUUCAGAUUCCAAGACUGAUCACCUUAUUUGUUGGAGUCCUAAUGGAAAUAGUUUUAUUAUUUUGAAUCAAGUACAGUUUUGGUAUGAGUUAUUACCUCUAUAUUACAAACACAAUAACAUGAGUAGUUUUGUGAGACAAUUGAACAUGUAUGGCUUUCACAAAGUAUCAGCUGUCGAGAAUGGACCUAUAGCUGAUGGAGAAAAAGACGAGGUCCAAUUUUUCCAUCCUUAUUUCAAAAAAGAGAGCCCAGAAUUACUAAAAUUGAUCAAACGAAAAGUUACAGUAUCUAAACACUCAGAAAAUGGAAAUCAAGUCAUGAAAAGUGAAGAUCUGUCAAAAGUUUUAUCAGAUGUUAAACAGCUAAGAGGACGUCAGGCUCAUGUUGAUAGUCAAUUGGCUACAAUGAAGCAAGAAAAUGCUGUGUUAUGGAGAGAAUUAGCUGUGCUGAGGCAGAAACAUACAAAGCAACAACAAAUCGUAAAUAAACUAAUACAAUUUUUGGUAUCCAUGGUUCAUCCAGGAGGUAAUAGAAUGGGGGUUGGUGUUAAAAGGCACUAUCCACUAAUGUUGAGGGGCACUCCAAAUAAAAGAAUGAAGAAAUCUCCGUCUUCUAAAAAUGAUGGUCCCACUAUUCAUGAACUUGAUAAUGAAAUAGAAAUUGAGAAUGAAGUUGAACCUGAGGAAUUCCUAACAGCAUCUGAUAACGAUGAAAAAGAUUUGACUCUAAUUUACAAACCCCUGACACCUACUUCAACAUCAUCUCUGGAUGUUGUAUCUCCACUUUCUAAUAUUGAUUUGACCAAUGAAUUGGUGAAUGAAACUGAGACAGUGUCGGCUGAUACAUCAUCAAAUGCGAAAGAAACCACAUCACAAAAUAAAAGUAAAGAAUCUUAUUGGGAAAAAUCACCUUAUGUAGUGGAACAGUUUGCUGAUAAUAGUGAAGAAGGCAUGCCUUCAAAUGAACUGCUAUCAGAGGAUCCUAUUUUGAACAUUUUGGAAGACAAUAUCAUUAAACCAAAAUCUGGAGAUAAUGAGACAAAAGUAUUUAUAAAUCCAUCAUCCCAAGAUACAUUGCUUGGUAAUUUCACAAACAGGGAUUUCAAUAUAAAGGUUGUAAAUGGAAAAAAAGAUCGAUCUCAAAGCAGUAGUGCAAAGAGUUCCAAUGAGGUUGAAGAAACACCCGAUAAUAGCUCUGUUAACGACAAUAUGACAGUUGCUACACGAAAGACAGAAGGACCAGAAAAAAUAAACAACAGUACUGAUGAUUGUUUCAGCGGUGAUCUUGGCUCGAUUUUAGAAAAUAAUCAGUCGGAAAUAGAUCUCUACAAGGAUUUACUGCAUGGAUGUGGGACCUUCGAUACUAAUACGUUACUAGGGGAUAUCAACAGGAUGCCUUUUUAUCAACCUGAUUAUAGUCUUUUCAGUGAAGGAACAUCAGAAUACGGGUUAUCAUUCACGCAGGACGAGCUGAACCAGAAUUCUGGUGAUCCCAUGGUUUCAGGACAAGAAAUUACAACGUACCCAAUGUUACCCUUAGAACAACUGUUGGAUGAUUCUCUGAACAACACAGAUUUAGUUGACGAAAUCAUAGACGAUGACUUAUCAGAGCUUAACACUCCUCAAGUAUCUGAUAUGAAACCAACGUUCCCAACUGAUAAAUCUUAGUUCUUUGAAACGUUUAAUCAUGCAAACUGGAAGAAUCAAACUAUUUAGGAUAAUUUUCAUUAAGUAUCCAUAAGCGGCAGUAACAAGUCACUUGUUUUUGUUAUAUAAUUUUAAGGUAUAGUUUACUGAUUUCGAAUAAUCAUAAUCUUAUCGUCAUCCAUACAACUUGAUCCACUCGGGUUAUGCUAAACAUCACCGAUUAUACAUUUACCUACGUGUAUUUUGUUUCAGUUGAAACUCACUUAGUCAAAUUGUAAUUGAUGGAAUACAAUUGUAGAAAUUAUACCAUUUAUCAAUUUGUUUAGAAUGGUCUUCACUGAUUAAUAAUAUGCAAUUUUGGAUUGCAUGAUUAUCAUAUUUUAUAUGAGUAAUUAUCAAAUAACCUCUGAAAAGUAUUCUUUACAGAUAUAGGAUUAACUGUUUCCCCCCAGUCAUUUUGUUUUUUUAGUCAUAGACUCACAAAAUUUAAUGUUUCGUUAUUGUCAAUGCCCACCGCAUCUGGACGAAUUCCACUCGAAAUAGUUUUGUACAGUCUUAUUUAUAUUUUACAUACAAAAUUUUUUAUUUUAGCUUUAGUGUUCUUAUUUCGGAGAAAAAGGAGAAGUAAUUUGUUGGAUGUUUGGUAGCCAAACGAUAUCUUUGUUAAGGCAAUUUUUGUUGCCGCCAUUGAAGUUAAGCAACUGGAUCCCCAGAUAACUGCUGUUCUGUAAAAAAUACUUCAAGAAUGUUUUCCCAUGCUUUUUCCUUCAAAAAUGAAAGUAUUCCAUCAAUUGAACCAAAUAGUUUGCUGAUUUUUAUAUAGAAGUAAAACAGAUGUUAAUGUUGGGAAACUAAUUUUAUCUUGUAAUUUGAUGUUGGAAACUCUCUAACGUACGAUUUCUGCGAUAGCAUUCGUUCAAUGUAAUAAAAAAAAAAGAAUUUAGCAUACCUCAUAUUUUUUCAUGAUGGGUGUCAGAUUACCUAUGGAAGUCUAAAUUUAGCCUUACUUCGUAGACAUUUGUCAUGUUAUAUUAUAUGUAUAUGCUUCUACUAUGUGGGUGAAUAGGAAGGGUAGACAUGAUAAUCUUGUAUAUAUAUUAAACCAUCAAUUUGAUUCAGUUAUUUUUUGAUUUAAAUACAGUUUUUUUAUAAGGUAGGAUUUGUCAUUUUUGGAGUGGAAAUGUAUAUAAGGAGAAGGAUAUUUUUGAUAAUAGCAUCUUGAAGAACUUGUUAAAAAUACUCCACAUUUAUCUUUUUAGUAAUCAGCAAUUGAAUUUUUAUCAAUAACAAAUUUUUGAAAAUAUUUGAGUGCAUGUUAACAUUCUUGAAUUGUGAUCUUCUCAUUCCAAAUGUCCCUUCUAUUUUGAAGUUGCAUCGAUUUUUUUAAUUCUGGGAUUCCACCGAUAUUGUUGUUUAACUCAUCAAAUUCGUAUUCGAUUCGAUUUUGGGAUCAUAAAUUGAACUGUUGGAUCACUUUUAAUUUGAACCCGAUUUACUCUAUUUCCAUUAGGUACCAAAAUUACUCAUCAGUACAUCGAUACUGUAUAAGGACAAAUUUGACGGGAUUUUUAACUAAUUUGAAUUUUGUUCUUUCAAUACCAUCCGAUAUUUCCAUUUCGUUUUCUUAAAUAUUUAAGUAGGUUCUGGGCUUACUAAUCAUUUAGGUUAAGGAAGUGGCACAAUUUGUGAAUAAAAUUUAUGUAAUUCGAGCCAGUUACAUUUGAUUUUUCGUUGAAAUAUGAGAAUUGGCUGUAGGAUUAUAUCAAUUUUAUGAAUAUUUUGUGAGAACUGCCCUUCAGUUCACUACCUGAUGAAAUACAGUGAUUGACACCUCUUUCUAUGUAUAAUUUUGACGAGGCAAUUUAUUAAAGCCUCUAUCAUCAGUGUAAAAUUAUGUACAUUAUAUUUUCAAUGAAU